CUCUGAUGAAGUGGAAGAGAGAACCAGAUGGAAAAAGAGGGGGUUGGACAGGAGAAGAACCAGAAGAUUGGAGGGAGAGGUUCUCUGCCCUGUGGAUUCUGGUGGGUUCCUGGUCUUGUUUGCCCAGCAUGGUUAAUGAGCCAGUGAAGAAGAAGUCAGCAGCUCCCAAAAAUGGAGACAAGAAACUGUCAAAACGUAAGCCCCGGAGGAAGGAGAGUUACUCUGUCUACAUCUACAAGGUGCUCAAACAGGUGCAUCCUGACACUGGAAUCUCCAGCAAGGCCAUGAGCAUCAUGAACUCCUUUGUGAACGAUGUAUUUGAGCGGAUUGCCACAGAGGCUUCGCAGCUGACUCAGUAUAACCGGCGGAGCACCAUCACCAGCCGGGAGGUGCAGACUGCAGUCCGGCUCCUGCUCCCUGGUGAACUGGCAAAGCAUGCAGUAUCAGAGGGCACAAAGGCGGUCACUAAAUAUACCAGCGCCAAGUAGAGGGCCUUUCGGGUGUGAACCUCAAUAAAGGCAAAAUGUUGCUGCAGAACGCUGUGUAGAAUUGGUUUAUUAUUGUCACAUGUACUGUGAUACAGUGAAAAGCUUUUGUGUGCCAUCCAGACAGAUAACUCCAUACACAAGUUCAUCGAAAUCAAAGAAAAAUAGCACGGUAGGGCUGGCAUAAUGCUAUUGCAAUGCCAGUGACCUGGGGUCAAUUCUGCUGUCUGUAAGGAAUUUGCACAUUCUCCUUGUGAUUGUGUGGGUUUCCUCCCACAUUCUAAGACCUACAGAUUAGUAGGUUAAUUGGUCAUAUGGGUGUAACUGGGUGGUAUGGGCUCAAUAGGUCAGGAAGGGCUGGUUACCAUGUUGUAUUUUUAAAUAUAAAAAUUAUGUGGAAUAUAGUGUUAAAGUUGCAGGAAAGUACAGAGUAGCUAGACAAAGUGCAAAAGCCGCAAUGAGGUAGACUGGGAGAUCAGGAGCUCAUCUCCAGUCCUGCCAAAAGGUUUCUGCCUGAAACGUUGACUGUUUACUCUUUUUGUUAAGUGUUGCUUGGCCUGCUGAGCUCCUCCAGUAUUUUGUGUGUAUUGCUCAUCUUCAAGAGUCUAACAGAAAAAUAGGAGCUGUCAUUGACCUGGUGAUGCAUGUUCAAGUUUCUGCUGAAUGGAAGUUGAGAGGAGACAGAAUGACUGGUGUGGAAGGGGUCUUUGAUUAUUUUAGCUGUUUUCCUGAAGAAGCAGGAAAUGCAGGCAAAGCCGGGGAGGCUGGUUUGCGUGAUGGACAGAGCUAUGUUCACAACUCUAAUUUCUUGCAGUUUUGGUCUAAGCAGUUGCUGUACCAAGCUGUGACGCAUCAAGAUAGGAUGCUCCAUGUAUGCAAGUGGGAUGUGCUGAGUGGCUACUUCCAAUCCACCAGGUAAGUGAGGGUCUGCGGCCAAAUUUGCGGAAGAUACAAAAAUAGGCGGAGAAGGCAGAUAGUGUCGAGGAAGCAGUCUGCUGAAGGACUUGAACAGAUUAGAAUGGGCAAAAGAAAAACAAGCAGCAAAUGGAAAAAGCGCCUUUCAGUCUCCCUCCUUCCUCUUCUCCCCGCCCCCACCCCCCAGUCCUGAAGGAGGGUCUCGGCCCAAAACAUUGACUGUUUAUUCAUUUCCAUAGAUGCUACCUGCCUGCUGAGUUCCUCCAGCAUUUUAUGUUGCUUUGGAUUCCCAGCAUCUGCGGACUUUCUCUUGCAGAUGGAAUAUAGUGUAGGGAAGUGUAUGGUUGUGUACUUCGGUCGAAGGAAUAAAGGUGAAGACUAUUUUCUAAAUGGGGUGCAAAUUCAGAAAUCAAGACGUGCAAAGAGACUUGGGAGUCCUUGUCAAGGAUUCCCUAAAGCAGGGGUGUCAAACUCAUUUUAGGUCACGGGCCGGAUUGAGCAAAAUGCAGCUUCAUGCGGGCCGGAUCAGUCGGGCGCGUGCGAACGCAGCUUUCUUUGCCUCCGUUUUUUCAGCCUGCCCUCGUGUGUCUCAGUCUCUGCUAUAACUACAAAGUGUUUCACUUUACAAAUUCUGUUUCUUAUGAAGAAGACUGCCGAAUAAACACUAAAAACCCUGAAAACCUGGUAUCUGAAUAAACUCAGCAUUAGCCAUAUCAUACGCCAUAGGCGCUUCGAUUACUGGGGCCAGCUUUAAUAGUAAUUAGAUAUUAUCUCACGGGCCAAAGGUAAUUCCACCGCGGGCCGGAUUUGGCCCGCAGGUCUUGAGUUUGACAUAUAUGCCCUAAAGGUUAACUUGCAGGUGGUAAGGAAGGCAAAUGCAUUUUGAGGACUAGAAUGUAAAAGCAAAGAUGUAAUGCUGAGGCUUUAAGUCAGAAGUUAAACGGGUCAGAUCACAUUUGGAGAAUUGUGAGCAGUUUUGGGCCCCUGUAAGAAAAGAUGUGCUGGCACUGGAGAGGGUCCAGAGGAGAUUUACAAGAAUAAUCUGGAAUGAAAGGUUAAUAUGAGGAGUAUUUGGCACUGGGCCUAUACUCACUGGAAUUCAGAAGAAUGAGGGGAUCUCAUUGAGGUCCAUUGAAUAUUAAAAGGCCCAGAUAAUGGAUAUGGAGAGGAUGUUUCCAAGUGGGAGAGCUUAAGGCCAGACAGCACAGCCUCAUAAUAAAAGGACGUUCCUUUAGAACAGAAAUGAGGAAUUUCGUUAGCCAGAGUAGUGAAUCUGUGGAAUUCAUUGUCAUAGGUGGCUGUGGAGGCCAGGUCAUCGGAUACAUUUAAAGCAGAAGUUGGAAGAUACUUAAUUAGUAAUUGGGUCCAAGGUUACAAGCUGGAAAAUGGGAGAGCAGAUGUGAUGGGCAAAUGUCCCAAUUAUAUUCCUACGUGUCAUAGUCUUGUGUUUUGGGGGUUCAUUGAUCAUUUUGAUCCUUCUGAUCAUUUCCUGGAAGCUUUGAGCAGUGAGUGCAGUAAAGUUUCACAUUCCCUGGGGGAGUGUCAGGGCUGUGAAGGAAGCGAGGGAAUUUGCGAGAUCAGUCUGGAGAAUAAAGCUGGGGUGAGUAACGAACCAGCUUUAAACCUCCUUCACUCCUGUCAGGAAGGAAAUCUCAGAAGUUCAAAGUAAAUUUAUUACCAAUGUACAUGUGUCACAAUGAAAGACCACACCCACCAGGAUAGACAAAAGAUAUCAAGAACAUGAGAUGGAGUCCUUGAAAGUGAGUCCAUUGGUUGUGGGAACAGUACGAUGAUGGGGUUGAGUGAAGUUAUCCUCACUGAAUAAUAAUGUUCCUGAACCUGGUGGUGUGGGUUGUAAGGCUUCUGUACCAUUUUCCUGAUGGCAGCAGUGCAAAGAGCAUGAGCUGGGUGAUGGAGACCCCGAUGAUGGAUGCUACUUUCCUGCAACAGCUCUCCAUGUAGAUGUGAUCAAUGGUGGGGAGGGCUCUACCUGUGAUGGACUGGGCCAUGUCCACUACUUUUUGUAGGAUUUUCUGUUCAAGAGCAUUAGUGUUUCCAUACCAGGCUGUGAUCCAACCAGUCAAUAUACUCCACUCAAAUUCUAUCGAAGUUUGUUAAGGUAUUGGAUGUCAUGUCUGCUUGUCACAAACUUCUAAGGAAGUAAAGGUGCUGCUGUGCUAUCUUCAUAAUUGCACUUGUGUGCUGGGUUCAGGAUGGGUCCUCUGAAAUAACACCAAGUAAUUUUAAAUUGCUGACCCUCUCUGCCUCCGAUCUCCUAAUGAGGACUGGCUUAUGGACAUCUAGUUUAUUGCUGAAGAUAAUCGGCUCCUUGGUUUUGCUGACAGAUUGUUGUAGCAUGAUUCAGCCAGAUUUUCAAUCUCCCCCAAAUGCUGAUCUGUCACCACCAUUGAUUUGGCCAAUGAGAGUUUUGUCAUUAGCAAAUUAAAAUAUGGCAUUGGAGCUGUGCUUAGCCACAUAGUCAUAAGUGUAAAGCAAGUGGAGUAGGAGCUUAAGUAUACAGCCUUGUGGUGCACCUGUGCUGAUGGAGACUGGAGAUGUUGCCAAUCCAAACUGGGGUCUGAAAGUGAAGAAGUCAAGGAUCCAAUUGUACAAGGAGGUAUUGAGGCCAAGCAUUAAAGCUUAUUGAGAAGAUAAAUGCCAAGCUACAGUCAAAGAGCAUCCUGAUAUAUGCCUCUUUGCUGUUCCAGAAGGCAAAAUGGAGCAGAUCCAAGUCACAGUGGCUACAAGUACUGCUGGACAAUAGUCAUGAGGAUACUAUCCUUGGUCAAUUACUCCAUGAAUGUAUUUGUACAGUGAGCCCAAGUGAGACACCAUUGAAACCAAUAUUUUCA